AUGGCCAUGAACGCACCCCCCUCCAUUAUGCAACCGCACGACCCCAACGACGACCCGUUUGGCGACCUCGCACCAGUAGACCCCAACGCUCCAAAGCUCGAGUUGCCAACCGAGUUUGGUUCUGGAUUGAAGAAUGUCAAAGAGGCGGCUAUUGCUGGUGAAGACGCUGAAGACGCUACCGAAGCCACGCACGACGAGAGUGAAGACGACGAUAAUAAGGAAGAGGAACCAUCAACUGAUGAGGACAAGAACGAAGAAGACAAAGCAGCGGAGGAGUAA